AAGCAACUUAGCAACCUCCACCCGAAAACGGCGUCGUAUCGAGGAAGCCUAAUUGCUAAAUCCACAAAAACGACGCCGCUGCCUCUUGUCUCAUUCAUCUUCUUCUGAUCUUAUCUCAUCGGCAACAUCAUUUCCCUCUCUCCCAAGUCAUCCCCGUCACUGUUUCCUCAGAUACCAAUCCACUGCCGAUCGGAAAACUCACUCCACGACGGCUCCGCCGACUCGCGACGGAUCUUAUCGAACCGAGUUCAGCUGUUGAUCGCAAUUAACUGGAAGCUUAAGCUGAGACGACGCCGUUUACUCUCCCGAUUGUUCGCUCUCUAAUGUGACCGGCUCUGGUAGGGGACAAAGUCGUGAUUUCCUCGAAAUGGAUCGGCAGGCGAUGACGGUCGGGCCGGCCAUGGACAUGCCGAUCAUGCACGACAGCGACCGGUACGAUUUCGUCCGAGAUAUCGGGUCAGGAAACUUCGGGGUCGCCAGGCUGAUGACGGACAAGCAGACCAAGGAGCUCGUCGCCGUCAAGUACAUCGAGCGCGGCAGCAAGAUUGAUGAAAAUGUUCAAAGGGAGAUAAUAAAUCAUAGGUCUCUGAGGCACCCGAACAUCAUUAGAUUCAAAGAGGUCAUUCUGACUCCUACCCAUCUGGCCAUUGUUAUGGAAUAUGCUGCCGGAGGAGAAAUGUUUGAACGAAUACACAAUGCAGGGCGGUUCAGUGAGGAUGAGGCCCGCUUCUUUUUUCAACAACUUAUAUCUGGAGUCAGCUAUUGCCAUGCUAUGCAAGUAUGUCACCGAGACUUGAAGUUGGAAAACACUUUGUUGGAUGGCAGUCCAGCUCCUCGUUUGAAAAUAUGUGAUUUUGGGUACUCAAAGUCUUCAGUGCUCCAUUCACAACCAAAAUCUACUGUGGGAACUCCUGCAUACAUUGCUCCAGAAGUAUUACUGAGGCAAGAAUAUGACGGAAAGAUUGCAGAUGUAUGGUCAUGUGGGGUAACCUUAUAUGUGAUGCUGAUGGGAGCAUAUCCUUUCGAGGAUCCUGAAGAACCGAAAGAUUUCCGGAAGACCAUACAAAGGAUACUCAGCGUCCAGUAUUCCAUUCCAGAUACUGUUCAAAUAUCUCAUGAAUGUCUAGAGCUGAUAUCGAGAAUUUUUGUCCCAGAUCCUUCUGCGAGAAUUACCAUUCCUGAGAUAAAGAACCACCCGUGGUUCUUGAAGAAUCUCCCUGCUGAUCUGAUGGACGAGGGCAACCAGUUCGAAGAGCCUGAUCAACCCAUGCAAAGCAUUGACGCAAUCAUGCAAAUCAUUGCCGAGGCCACUAUACCAGCAGCUGGAACCCUUGGUCUGAGCUCUUACAUGACGGACAACCUGGACAUGGACGAUGAUAUGGACGACUUAGACUCAGAGUCUGAACUUGAUGUUGAUAGCAGCGGGGAAAUAGUCUACGCAAUUUAAUUCAAGUACGCAAUGUUAGUUGGAAAGAGUUGUUACUGUUGGUGAAAAACUAGAAAAAACAGAGAAUGUGCAAUAGAGUGUGAUAGAUUAUUAGCAUAGAAAAUCAGAUAGGGGGAUUGAAGGCUCUAUGCUAUAUCAUCUCAUAUACUCUCCUUGGAAGUUGGAGGUUGGAGUCUGUCUGUCGUAUACUACUUAUAAACCUAGUUGUAUAUUUUUACUGGGGAGUAAAUUUGUUUUUGAACUGUUAA